AUGUCCUCUCCAUGUCAGUAUAUAAUAUUUCAUGUACCCUUGUCGCCAACAGUGGCUGCAUUCACAUGUUAUGCCUCAAAACAUCUGUUUGUAUGCCUUCCUGGGAGCCAAGCACGCCGCGAAGGCCAUGAUUCCGGCGGGGAGAGGCGGCGUGAUCCUCUUCACCUCCAGCGCCGCCUCCGUCACGGCGGGGGUGAUGCCGCAUCCAAGCACGCCAUCGUGGGGUUGACGAAGAAUCUGUGCGUGGAGUUGGGGCAGUAUGGGAUACGCGUGAAUUGCAUAUUUCCCGGCGCCGUGGCCACUCCGUUUGCGGUGAAGGAGAUCAUCUCCGCCUCGGCCAACCUCAAAGGGGUGGUGCCGGCGGCUGAGGAUGUGGCGGAGGCGGCGCUGUUCUUGGGCAGCGAUGAAUCCAGGGUUGUGAGUGGACUUAACCUUGUGGUGGAUGGAGGAUACAGUACAACCAAUCAGGCAUUCAUCACUACAAUGAAGCAAAUGUUAUAUUAA